AUGUCCCAUCCCCUGUGUCUAGUAAAAAUACAGAGGGUUCUUUUAGCACUCAGUCAACAAAGAAGAUCUGAUGUAACAAUUCCAAUUGAAAGUAUAGAUACUAGAAAUACAGAUAUACACAACGAAAACUCUGUCAGUUGUCCCAUACCUAGCACUUCAGACUCAUUAUCAGAACCUAUAAUCUGUGCUUCGACCAAUGAUUUACCUCUUCCCGUUGCACCUGGUGAUACAGGAUGUGCCGAAGAUAUACAAAGUGAAGAUCAUGUUAUUAAAUCUAAACCCUUUAUUGUGUCUGUAAGCCCUGUUAGAAAUACGGAUAGUACGUCAACAAGUGACUUACAAAGUAGCAGCUCGGAAGUACAAGAAGAUAACACGCUGUGCAGGCCUUUAUUGUCUACUGAAGAAUCUAACCCAAGCUCUGCCAUAAGCAGUGUGGCCAUACUGUCAACUGAGAACCAAGAAGCAUCAAGUACAGACAGGUUGCAUAACAGCCCCUUGCCAGCUGCAUCCUCAAGCAGUGUAUAUAAGACUGAAAGUGAAUUAAGUGAGCGAACAUUAAAAUGUGUGUCAUCGAGUGAAAAUGUGGAUUCAGUUGUUGUUGAAAGUGCUGAAUCAACAAGUGAAUCUAGUGUUAGUGAAGUAAAAACUGUAAGUGAACCUGUGACUAGGUCACCAUUAAGAAGGCGCCUUGUGCGUCCAGCUCUUACCCGCCCAGACUCAACUGUUUCUUCAACAGUUGAUUCAAGUAUAGCAAACAGAACAUCUGAACAUUCAAGUGAGUGUGUGAAAGAUGUAUCCAGCUCUUCAGAUGCUGUGUAUAUUCAGGAUAGUAUUAAUUCAGAAGAGAUUAGAAGUAGUGAAAUCAGUAUCUGCAAAGCAGAAACCUCAACAAGUUCCCCAAGGAAAAUUAAACUUAUAAGACAAAAGCCUUCUCAAGUAAAUCAUUCUUCAACAUUUGAGACACAAUUCUUAAUAAAGGAAAGUGACCAAUGUCAAUCCACAUCAUCAAAUGAAGAAAAAUCUGUAACGGACAUUCAAACUAGCACAAGUAUUACUUCUCAAAGUAUUGAACAUGAAGAUAAAUCUUCAUCUAUUGUGAGUAGUCAUAGCAUCCCUGAAGCUCGGAUAGACAGUCCUAAGCCCUCAAGUUCACUAAAAGAGCUGGAGCUACCAAAACAGCUAGAAAAAGAAAAAAUAACUCCUAAAGUGAAUUUGUCUACUGAAAAAGCAUCCUUAGAAGAGUUGUCAAAAACUGGAGAUAAAAUUCGAGAAGGCUGUCAUAGCCCAAAUAAGAAACAAGCAGAUGAUGUGAAAUUUGAACCAGAAACUGAAAGAACAGUACCAAAAUUAACAAUUAAGGUAAAUAAUACGCAAUCUGAGAGCAAGCAACCUAAAUCCCCAGUACCGAAAUUGACCAUCAAAGCCAUUAAGCCACCCGUGACACAAGAAACUGACUGUUCAUCUGAAAGUAAAAUACCUAUUUCAAGCAUAACAAAGCUCAACAUAAAGCCCAUAGUAAAACCACCAGAGAAGAUCAAUGAAAUACAUCGAAAAUCAAGUAGUAGUGAAAUAUCAGAAUCGGAAUAUUCAGAAAAUGAUGACACCACAAGUACCUCAGAUCAAGCCUCUGCCUCUGAGCAGGGGCCAAUAGAUGUAGUACCAAAAGUCACUAUUAAAUUAGGUAAACCAGGUACAGAAACUGAAGGCAAAUUUUAUACUGAACCUAACAUUCCAAAAUUGACAAUAAAAGGUAUACAGAAUACCGAAGAAGGCAGAGAAUCUCCAUCAAAACUUAAAUUAGUAAUUUGUCAUGCUGAAGAGAAACAAUCAGAAAAGGUACCAAAAUUGACAAUUAAGUCAGUUACAAUGGUUGAAAGCCAGCCACUUAGCCCAAAAUUAACAAUAAAACCUUUAAAACCACCAGACAAUAUAAAUAAAGAUGUUAGUAUGGAAACUACUGAAAAUCCUCCAAUACCCAAACUCAAGAUAUCCACAGAUACUUCGAGUUCUGAUCAAAAGGAUUUUACGCAUAUACCUAAAAUCACUAUUAAACCCAUAACUAAAAGUGAACCUGAACAUUUAAAUAAAACUCCCAAAAAAGCCUCAUGUGAAAAUCUAGAUAAUAUACCUAUUAUUACAAAAUUAAAUAUUAAACCUAUUGUAAAGCCAGAUAAUAAUAUAGAAAUAUGUAACGAAGUUGAAGAUAAAGUUCCUGUAAUAUCAAAAAUAAAUAUAAAACCUAUAGUAAAGCCUAAUAACAUAGAUUUUUCUAAAGAAGAUAGUAUACCUAAGGUUACAAAGUUACAUAUUAAACCAAUCAAAAGCCCAGAAGGUCAUUUAUCAAAUGAAACAGAUUGUGAUGUUGAAGGAAAAUCUGAGGAGGGUGUACCUGUUAUAACUAAACUGAACAUAAAACCUAUUAUCAAACCAGAUGAUGAAAACACUUCUAAGGAUUCCGAGAAUCACUCAUCUGAGAACUCUAGUGAUGACAAUGACCAAAUACCUGUAGUGACAAAAAUUAAUAUUAAACCAAUUUGUAAACCUAGUAAGGAUGAAGAGUCUGUAUGUUCUACUGCUACUAAAGAAGAAAGUAUGCCCACCAUUCCAAAGUUAAUAAUCAAGCCUUUAGUAAAACCUGACCACCCCGGUCCACUUUCACCUAAAAAGGAACGGAUAAGUAGUCCAGAGCUUAGAAAUCAAAAUAUACCAAUAGUUACAAAAUUAACCAUAAAACCUAUAGUUAAACCAGAAGAGUUAAAAACAAAAGUUGAUGAACACAAUGACAGCAGUAUUAAAAACCCUCCAUUGUUAAUGAAAAUUAACCGCAAAACUAGAACUGAUUCUGGCAGUAGUGAUUCUCAGUAUCACAUAGAUAAAGGUACAGAACAUUAUAAUAACAUACAUGAGAAUAUAGUGACUAAGUUACAUAUAAAACCUGUUUUAAACCCCAAUAGUGAAUCAGUCUCCAAGGUGGCUGAAUGUAUUGAGAAAAGCAAUUCUAUAGAAAAUUAUAGUAACCAUGACAAGCCAAACUUGCACUCAAGUAAAGAUGAGUCUUAUAGACAAAGUUCUCCAGAUGCUAAUCUACCAAAUAUCAAGGUUAACCAUAAACAAAGUAUGGAAGAGCUACUUGAAGGGAACUCCAGCAAAAUGUUAUCACAAUCUGAAGAGCUUCAUGAUAAUUUAAAGAAUUCUAAAAGUGUUAAAGAUAUAUCUGAUGCCAUUAUCAAUUAUCAACUAGGUAAUUUACAAAAAAGUGUAGCAGAAGAAGAGCAGCAAUCAAUAAAAAGGAAGAGUUUAGGAAAUCAAGCAAACUGUACUCUUCUAAAGAAGUUGUUAGAAAGUCGAAAGCAUGAGGAAUUUGAAAAGAAUGAAGACAAUUCCAAUACUUUAAAUUGUAUAUCACAUAGUGAAACUACUGCAAAGUCACCUUUGCAUGAGGUCUCAAUUAUAUCGGAAACAAAUGAAAACACAGAUUUAAGACAUAGUAAAAGUCCGAUGUUUGGUAGUAGAGAAAACAAUUCAUCCCCUAAUAUAUUAAAAGUUCGCUCAAUGCAAGAUUUAUGCAAAGAGGUGCCAGAAAGUGUGACAAAACCUCUCGAAAUUAAUAUAUCAGAUAAGAUCAAUCAAAGCUCUGACCAAGAUUCACCGAGGAUAAUACUGAAGAUAAAUAAGACUGACCAUGGAGCUUCGGCAAAAAUUAUCACAGAAGAGAUUAUUAAUAAAAACGAUAAUAAAGGCGUCAACACAGCUGAGAGUAUUAUGGCUAGAAGGAGAACUAUAUUAAGUAAUAGAAAAAAGCAAGAAUCAGAAUCAGCUACAGUUACAGAAGGCAAAAGGUUAAGAAGUUCAAAGGUUGUACAGAGUCCCGAAAAAUCGCCUUUUGCCAAGCGAAACAUAGGGAAGAGGACGAAUGCAGACGGUUCAACAAGCCCGCCAUCUCCUAAGGAAGCCGAGCUAUCAGUUCUGGAUUCAAAAAGAUUAAAAUUGGGCCAGCUGUUAUCAAGUAAAACCUUAACGAUAACUCCUGUUGUGGUAUCAAAAGCGAGUCCUGUAUCGCCGAAAGACACGUUAGAAAUGAGACAAGCAAAAAUAAAUCAUUCUAUUUUAAAUAACGAAAAUUGCUCUAAAAAUGGAAGUUCCAAAUUACAUAAUAUCCUUUCAAAUUUACAAGCAAAACAGCAGCUAAAAGUUAUGCCCCUACAUGACCUUCAUCAUGGAGAAAAACAGCGCAGUGAAAGCCCAGAAUUGAAGUCUGGGACUUCAUUAGACAGUAAUCCAGAAAUACAGGUUGAAAUUGCACCUGUUCACCAGAACUGUGCAGAUAUCAGAGAGACUAUAUUUCAAGAAAGCAUUGAAUCUCGAGACUUCAAUGUGACGCCAGACCCGUUAUCGCAAGAUCCCCUAGAAGUGGGAAGUAUGAAAGUGUCUCCCGAUAUAUCAAUUUCUCAGAAUGCGCAAAGUAUUCCACUGUUAGUAGAAAUGACACCGCAGCCUAAGAAGCGUGGGCGUCCGCGGAAGUUACCAGUCUCCGAAGGUGCUAAACCCUUAGUUCUGCCAACUCCAGCAUUAGAGGAGCGACCGCAGCGUUCACUGAGGCUUUCAAGGGAUCGUCCUGUUAUUCUCGUGAAGCCGCGAGGAAGGGGUCGAGGCCGCGGUCGCCGUAUAGAACCAGACCCGGCACCAACUAACGAACCAGAACCAAUAGUAGACGCGGCCAAUAGCUUUUUCCUAUCCGAACAAAAGUCGGAUGAGAUCGACCCAACUAGUUCUAGAAUUAAACUGCCACGGAUGACGGAGGCCCUGGACAAAAUGCCGUCCACUUGUGGGACACCACUUUCCAGUAGGCGAAGAACGUCUUCUACGUCCACCAGCGAUAUGCCCUUCUUUAGUACGGAUAAUCCGGAAUUGAAGGUGCUUGACACAUCCUUGCCAAGGAUGGAAAAUCCAUUCGCGAAGUCGCCGGAGGUAUUGGGCGAGUAUCGCGGUGGGCGGGGCAGUCGUGGUGGGCGUGGUAGCCGCGGGGGUCGAGGGAGAGCUUCUCCUAGAACGCCGAGGGGAAGGGGUCGGGGGAGAGGCGGCGGAAGAGGAGCGAUGUAUAUGAAGGAAACAAUGGGUAUAUACGGGCGUGUCUGCGGACCCGCCACGACCACAGUGCAGUUAUUCGAAGAGGAGACAUGCAUGAUGGACGAUAACGCCACACCUGCUAAGCCUGCCCAUUUACUAGACGAAGACUCUCAAAGCUCUGUUAAAAGCUCAACGAAUGAAAGCAGCAAAACUAAGAAGUCGAAAUUCGCGGAUCUUUUUGACAGCAACAAAGUGUGGUCAGCGUCAGAUGUUAAAGAAUAUACGUGGCCUCCACCCGAGAACAGAGAUGCUGCAGAGCAUCAGGUGAUGAUGAUACAAGAACAAGUGGCUAUGUUCCUUGGCGUUAAGAGCUUCAAGCGUCGUUACCCAGAGCUGAAGCGGCGAGCGAUCUCUGCUGAAGAACGGGACUAUGUUUUGAGCAAAGGAAUCGUCACAGAAGCCCUAUGUGAUCUAGGCAUAACAGCCGUCGACGCUAGUGAAGUUCUCGACAUAAUGCUGUCAGACUACCCUCAUAAGUACGAAGAGUACAGAUCGUAUCAACGAGAGAAGCAACUCUCCGAACCGGAUAGCGUAGCCGAAGACAGUAAACUGGAGACCAAAGUAGAGAUGAAGAUGGAAGCGAAACAGAUGGAUAGCAAACCGGAGCUGCCCAAGAUCGAUCCCGUGAAGACAAGACAGGACAUGGCUGCAGCCGCUAUAGCAGCGGUCAGCGAAUUCAACGCCCGUUUGAAUGCGUUGCGGCGGCCGGCCUGUGUAGAUCUGCAAAGUUUGACGAUACAACGUCGGCGGACGCCCGUGCCGAGUAACGUGCCUAUUCGGGUGGCUCCGCCCCAUGGGUUCUACCCUCACGCUCUGCUCCCGGGACAAUACCAGCACUCGUAUAGGGUGCACUCCUCUGAACAAUUACGAUAUUUCCCUCUCAACACUGUCGUGGCCGCACCGCCUGUGCCGCCUUCUCCGGUGGCGUCCAGCUCCGAGUCUGAUGGUGAAUGGGGUUCCAAUGCCUCUUCAUCAGACAGCGAUGACACGCACCGGCAUCAGAAGCGUAAAAAGCUAACUAAAGUGAAGCGUAGCAGUGUGACCGACGUGACCGGAGCCGGGUUUAGCUCAGCCCCCGAAGAGGUGGUGGACACGUGUCGCACGUGCAAGCUUCGGCUUGAAGCGAACCGCAAGACCACGCAUGAGCGGUUCCUCGUUUGCGCCACAUGCAACGCCAAAUUACAUCCAGGCUGCGUGGACCUCUCCCCGGACACGAUCCGCAAAUGCCGCGAGUACCCCUGGCAGUGCGCCGAGUGCAAGACUUGCUGCUCGUGCGGCAGACCGGCUGAUGACGACAAGAUGCUGUUCUGCGAUCUCUGCGACCGCGGUCACCAUAUCUACUGUGUUGGACUCGAUAAGGUGCCUGAUGGUCGAUGGCAUUGCGUAGAAUGCGCGAUAUGCAAGUCGUGCGGCGCGCGAUCGCCCAGCGGACCCCCGAACCCGGGCGAGCCGUCCACCUCCGCCGCUUUGGGGCCCCAAGGUUCGGUGACGCAGCCCGGAGGGCCCCAUUGGCACCACCACACGAAACGGGGCCCUGGGGGUCACAAGGUCUACUCUCACUCGCUCUGCACGCCCUGCGCCAGAGCGUACCGCAUCGGGCGCUACUGCCCUCUCUGUGAUCGCUCCUUCAUCGGGCCUAAGGGGACCAUGCAGCUCGUCAUUUGUAAGCUCUGCGAUAGGCAACUGCAUCAAGGUACGACACCGAAACUAGACCGCAUACGCUUCACCCUUGCACGAGGCAUGGCUAACCACUGCUCGUUCGGCGCUGUAGCAUGCUGCUGCUUUACCACUAUUACAAAAGAUAAUAAAUGCUGCCGUCAAAACAGCUACUAG